AUGCUCCGCGUGCCCCAGGGUCUGCGUCCGUCAGACGCUCUCCGAUUCGAGCUGCUGACCACUACGGACGGCAGCACACGCCGGCUGCUGGCGGACCGGCUGCGGCAGCUGCAGCUGCUGAGAGGGCGAGACGAGCUGCUGCUGCGGCUGCUGCUGCUGGCUGGGGGCGCCCGACAGAGCCCCGCCACUGAAGAAGUCGCCAGCACCGGCCGUCCCCGCCGACCAGAUCUGGACCAGCUCCUGAGCGGCCCGUCACCACCGACUCUGGGCCAACUGCUGCGGAUGGCGCCACCGACACGCCGUCAGCUGAUCGUCCACAUUGCGCUGAAGUCUGACGGUUAG